UAUUUUAUAAAUAACUUUUGAAGACGUGUUAAAUUAAAAAAAAAAAGAAUGUUAAGCGUAUGUACAUACAAUUUGUAACAUUUACGAAACUUACAUCAGUGUCUUGUAAAUUAUAUUAAAAUAAUUAACAUUAAUUAAUAGUCGAUCAAAAAAAUAUUCAGUUAUCAUCAAAAUGUUAACGCAAUUAGUAAAAGUAAGCCUCCUGAAUCAAUGCAAAAGGAGUUUUUUAGCAAGUCAAACUAGUCUUUGCAACGUACUUCUUCAAAGCGAUAGAAAAGCAUCGUCCGAAAAUAAAACUGUAGACGAAGAAAAUUUAGAUGAACCUAUCAAGUAUUCGACGUCGAAAGCAGCAACUUGGCUUGCUGCUGAGACACGUAAUCCUAAUAUAAACAGACAUCCAUAUGAAAGUAAUAUAAUAUUAAUUAGUCUAUCUAUUUUUAUGAUUUAUUUUUUUAUUUUAAGAGAAGAGAAUGAUGUAGAUUUAAUUUUGGAAAGACCGUUAUCAGAAAUCGUACCAGGAAUUGGUAACAAUAUGUCCAAUACACCUGCAGUGUAUCCCAAAAGAACCUAAUUUUAAAUACUAUAACGUUAAUAGUAAUAGUAGUUAAUUAUGUAGUAUUUUCUUUUUCUCUUCUAAAGUUAAUUAAUAAAUAGAUAAUUAUUGAACUU